AUGAACCACAAGCCCGAGCCUAAGACAAAGAUUACGUUCAAGAAACGCCCGACAGUACUCCAGACUCUCAGGAUUCUGCAAGAUCGACAUUUCGCCCUCCUUGCUCUCUGCAGCGCUAUCUGCUUUUGCACCUCGACUGCUAUUUUCAACGGCUUGCCACCUCUGCUAGAGAGGAAGUAUCAUCUGAAGCCUCUUUAUGUCGGGCUGUGUUACCUCCCUUACACCCUCGGUUCCUGCACUACUCGUUGGACAGCAGGCACAUUUGCCGAUCGAAUAUUCAAGCAUUACGCUCGCCAAGUGGGGGUGGAUGUCCGGUCAAACCGACAAUGUCCGACGCAAAUGCAGCAUAUUCCUCUUGAAAAAGCUCGCCUAGUGCUAGCAAUACCGUUUAUCUAUUUUUAUUGUCUUUGCAUUAUUGCAUUCGGAUGGGUUAUGAAUUAUAAUGUCCAUAUAGCGGGUCCUUUGAUUUUGUUGUUCUUUUGUGGCAAUGCCAGCACGGGCGUUAAUAACACCCUCGGCAUGUUGGUUGCGGAUUUGAAUGUGACGAGGCCUGCUUCUGCUCGUGCUGUUCUGAGUAUGGUCAACUGGCUGACUUCAGCGGGAGCCUCGGCGGCAAUCAUACCUUUGAUUGAUGCCAUGGGAAUGGGCUGGCUGGGAGUACUUCUUGCGGGAAUGAUGAUUCUUGUCUCGCCAGCUUUGUGGGCGUUAUUUUUCUGGGGCAAGAAGUGGAGAGAUAAGCAGGCUUUAACCUUGGACUGA